CCGACCCCCAUCCUCCUGCCAUCGAUCCAACACCCUCUUCGGUCACAUCGCUCUCCCACCUCGUCUUGUACGCUGUAGACUUGGAUCACGCACUGUUCUUUCUGUGUCACGCUAUCAUGUAGUCCUUGAGCUGCCGAGUGCUGUAUACCAUCUUGUAACUCGCUUGCCGAGCGUGUGUGAACGCGGAGGGGAUGCUCGUUGUCCUUGGGCCUCUCGGCUUUCUCGUCUGCACCUGGUAUGCACGUCUGUCCAUGAAAUCUCCAAGAUGGGCUAUCUGCGAAGCUUGCUCUAUGCAGUGCCUUCUUGCGUCUGUGUGCGCCUUGAGGGUUCGUUGGAUUGAGCGAACGAACUUGGACGCAUCGCCUCCGGCCGGGAAGGGCCGAGGGGGUGGGGGGUGGGGGAUUGCAGAGUCCUGCGCGCGACCCUGCGGUCCCGCGCGUCUUCGCCCUUCCCUCUGACUCGUCCUGCGGUGAGUCUCCCCAAUCGAGUUAUCAUGUCACUCCGUCCAGAGGUGCUGUGACUGGUCUCGCCGGUCUUGCUCACCCUCGGCGGUGCGCAUGGGAGCGUCGUGUGGGAGUACUCUUACAGGUGCCUUUGCGUUCCGAGGACGGCACAUCCACCAGAAUCGUCUACGCCCCCUCCAUCGCGCCCGACAUUGAGCGGUCGGGGGGACGCGCCAACACGCGCCGCCCGGACCUGUUCGCUCUCCGCCCGAUUUCCCGGGGACGCGGCGCUUUGCGAGGGAGGUCUCCCCCCAUUUCCCAAAGCCCUGUCCUGCCUCCUCGCCGGCUGCAGGCUGUCCCUCUUACUUUCCUCUUUCGUACGAUCAUACAGACGCUCGCGCCCCCCUUCAAAUACGGCGCGUCCUGUCUCUCCCUCCAGACAUAUCCCCCUCCUCAAGUAUAUCGUCUUCCCCAUUGCUCGCCUCCGCCACCAAUCCGCCUGUCUUCGCCUUCGCCCACCAUGAACCCCUCCUCUCCCAACCACUCUCCCCGCAGCCCCACCGAGUUCGGCGCCGGGCCGCAGCACCCUGACUUCUUGGGCAUCGCGUCCCAGGACGAUCAGCUCCAGGAACUCGGCAUGUUCUCUCCCCAAUAUGGCUUCUCCUACUCUGAUGACCGCGACAUGAUCCCAGACUCCCUCGACAAUUCUUUCUCCAGCUCCGACUUUUCCUCGCCCUCGCCCUGGCACUCCAACUCCCUCCUCCUCGUCGGUCCCGCGCCAGCAUCCUCCUCGAUCACUUUCGACCGCACUGGACACCCCCUGCACGACUCCUACUACGACACUGCCCCUUCUUUCGAUAACCCACACGCGCCCGCACAGGCACACAAGGCCGUCCCCCGCAUCCACGUCGAGACAGAGUUUUCUUCCGGUGCCAUGUCUAUGUCCUCCAUUGACACUUCCUCAUUUGACCGUUCCCCCACUUCGCUUAUGCCCACCCCCACCUACUCCCACUCAAGUCCCUCCAGUUCGCUUCAGCUUGCUACGCCCCAGACCCCAUUCAACAUAUUUCCUCACACCCCUUCGAUCCGUUCCGCUUCGGGCUCGCCUCACUACCCGCAACCGGAGCUCACCAUCCAGCCUGGUGCUCUUGAGCAGGACAACGCCGAGUCGGCCGCUCAGGGCGAGCACAAGCAGGAGUACCAGCACGUCCUUGUGAUUGCCCAGCGGUUCAGCCCCUCUUGGGCCGGCGACCUCGUCCCGCAGCCCACCUACAGACCUCACACCCAGAGCGACCGUCGCCGCUACGUAGAGCAGGUGGAUCUGGAGGCCCCGAUCCUAUUCUUUUCGCGCGACACGAUGGGCAUCCCACUUGCGGAUGCCAUUAGUAGCCGGUUCAUGCACCUGCAGGGCCGGGACGACCCCAUGUUCAAGGAGCGCGGACCGUCGGUGUCUAUCCGGCUCAACUGGCCGGGCUACGCUCCUUGGUCUCGCCAGAUCCCCACCAGGGACUUCCGUAGCCCGCCGCACCCUGUCACCCGCGCCAAAUUAGCGCGCAACGUCGCGAAGACGAUCAAGCGCUUCAUCGAGGAGAUGAACGGUCGCCGGAUGGAGGACAGCUCGCAGGCCAGAUGGCGCGUGGGUGCCCACCACAUCAAGCUCGACGACCUGAUGCUCGUCGGCCUGCAGCACGUCUCGAUGGGCUCGUGGCAGGCACACGUUCGGCUCGUGCACCCUAGGCGCUAGGUGUCCUAUGACUCCUGCCUCCGCCGGAAGCACUCUCGACACUGGCGACCACAGCCCCGUUCCACCUUCCUACGCUUCUCCGCUCAAUCUCUCUCUCCCCUCAAACGCUCGGCUCGCUCUCAAUCAACACAAUCGCUGGUCUGCAUACCUAUACCCCACUGCCGCAUUAAUCGUGCGCUGGCCGGGGGCCCGCCGCUUCUGCACGCGCGGCGUGCGGCCCUUCGCGUGCUGUUCAGUCGGCGCUGGCGCAUAGGAUGGACAGCACUACCCUUUCUCAUUUAUCCGGGAUAACGGACAUACUCGGAUUUUCUCGCUCGCUCCCCCCUCAUUGUAUGACCUACCUUGUGGGGCUGAGGCGGCUGGGGCCUGCGCCUGGUCGCCCUCGGAAUACCCCUGAUGGCUCGGUGAUGUCUGGAUACGCCUAUGCUUGCCCUUUUCGACGCGACCCGCGAGAGCGCGGCCGUCUCUUUUUCGCUUUCGGUCUCUUCUCUUUCCUCUCUUUCCUUCUUGUCUUACUAUGCUUUCCCCUUUCGUCUGUGUGCUAACGAAGAACGCAAUCUGUAGACCCAUGUUUCACUGUAUCUCUCACCCCAGUAUGGCUCUUCCUCUCCCUCUUGUCAUGCCUCGUCCCCCGCUCGCGAUCGUGCUCUUAGCUGCUACAAUGAAUUUCGGCUGUCUCCAUACAGUGCUGCUCACGCUCAAUCACGAUACCCCUGUUACAAUAACUCGCUCUGCGCACCCAAUGACCAACAAGUUGUCCCCCCCACACAGCGCUUCACCCCAACUCAUUAACUUGUCAAGCGUCUAGAAACGAAAUUGGGGCGAAGAUUACAAGUCACAGACAUCGCGUGCGAAUAUCCGGAUUUCCUAUGCAAGACCACGCCCACGCCCAAGUCCAAGUUGACACCAACAGCCUUGGGCCGGUGCAGGACGUUCGACUAGAAGCUCCUCCAACGACACCCCACCGCCCCGCGCGCGCGAGCCAUAGUCGCGCUCAUUCAUCGCCACCCCGUCCGAUCUGUGUGCACGCGCCCACACGGGGGGUCUCAGGGCGCAGCGGUGUUGCAUCGACGCCCAUCGAUAGACGUGCAGACGCGCCAAACGCUCGACGGCUGUGCGGGUGCCUCGCGAGCGUGGGUCCCGCGCGGGCCUCGAGGCUACGAAGGAGUCGCCUCAAGGCGUGCGUGCUAGCUUCGCGCACGGGCGCACGGGCGCGGAGGAAGCUGGUGCGUCCCCGUGCCGUCUCAGUUUGGUCGCUCGCCGCUCACCGGGU